AUGCAAUCGAGGCCCAGCCUGAAUAAAAUAGAACUCCAUUGCUAAUGGAAGCCCAAUAUUAACAAAAGAAUCCGGCCAAAAUCAUCAUUCGAACUCCGACUACGAAACGCAUCUGCGUCUUCAGAACGCAGGCUUCUUUGGAUCUUCCCAAUCAACAUUCACUGAGCCAAGGUUAGUCCCACCGCUGUUCGCUGCUACCGCCGAUCGCGACGGCGCGUCCCUCUGCCGCAGUACUCAGCCAGGUUGGAAUAUGCAUCUCAGAUUGUGACCCUCGCUCCCCAAUUCUCCAGACUCCAGAGUAGUGAAAGGAAGAAAUGAUGGCUGCAAACAGUAGUGUCUUUGCCCUGUCUUCUUCCUCCUGCUCUGCCUCAAAACCCUUCUGUGUUCCUCACCCCAAUCUCAGAUUCUUCCCUGUCUCUGUCUCUGCCAAUCCAAAACUCAGAAAAAGUCCUCUCCUAUCCUUAUCAUCUUCUUCUUGCGUAAAGGCAUCAAUUGAAUCAGUCGCAGCAGCAGAUCCAGAUUUAUUGACGCCAGCCCCAACCCGGGUCAAAAUCCUCUCUGAAGCCCUACCUUUCAUCCAGAGGUUUCGAGGCAAGACAAUUGUGGUCAAAUACGGUGGAGCCGCAAUGAAAUCGGAACGCCUUCAGGCAUCUGUCAUCACUGAUCUCGUCCUUCUCUCUUGCGUCGGCAUCCGCAUCGUCUUCGUCCACGGCGGUGGUCCGGAGAUCAACCAGUGGCUCGGACGAUUGGGGAUCCAGCCCAACUUCUUAGACGGGCUCCGGGUCACCGACGCGUCCACCAUGGAGAUCGUGUCAAUGGUGCUGGUAGGCAAAGUCAACAAGCAUCUCGUCUCCUUGAUCAACAAGGCAGGGGCCACCGCGGUUGGGUUAUCCGGCAUCGACGGCCACCUCUUAACCGCCCGACCCUCCCCCAACUCGUCACGGUUAGGUUUUGUCGGCGAGAUCCAGAAUGUGGACCCCAACGUCCUAAGGCCGCUAAUUGACAACCACCACAUCCCGGUGAUUGCAUCCGUCGCCGCCGAUAAGAACGGGCAAUCGUACAACAUCAACGCAGACACAGCGGCAGGAGAGCUGGCAGCGGCAUUGGGGGCUGAGAAGCUGAUCCUAUUGACUGAUGUGGCUGGGAUAUUGGAAGACCGGGAGGAUCCGGGGAGUUUGGUGAAGGAGGUGGAUAUCAGAGGAGUGAAGAGGAUGAUGGACGAGGGUAAGAUCGGCGGCGGGAUGAUUCCGAAGGUGAGUUGUUGCGUGAGGUCACUUGCUCAGGGGGUGAGGACUGCCAGCAUCAUCGACGGCCGGCUGCAACACUCUCUUCUACUGGAGAUUUUGACCGACGAAGGCGCCGGAACUAUGAUUACAGGGUGAAUUAGUAAAGGCCUGGGGGCUGGGAGUGUUAUCUCAUUAUACAUACAUACAUAUACUUGGUAAUAAUCUGGUGAAUGACUCUGCCCUCUUUUUCUUCAUAUUUUGCUAUGAAGCUGUAAGUUUGUUGGACUUCAACAAAACAAACACGUUGCUCGUGAUCAUGUACUUCAUAAUAUUGAAAGCUGUAAUUGUAUUUCUUUUUUUGAAAUAAAAGCUGUAAUUGUCUUAAGAACCUGUUUUCCUGAACUGAUCUUUGAUGGUCAGGUGAUUCUGCUAUUAUGAGUUUUGGUUUUAUUUGAUGAUGGUCUCUUGUUUGAUGGUAUACGGAGUAUGAACUAAUAGUCUUAGAGUAUUGAAUGAAUGCCAAAUUCAGGCU